GGUGGUCUUAAUUGGCUACGUUUUUAUUCACCCAAUGAGCAAAAAAACACGGGUGAGCAGAUUUUUUCCUUUUUUUUUUUUCAUAUUUAAAUAGCGUUGGGAAAAGCCUUUUUUUUUUUUGUUUUUUUUUGUUAUUUACUUUUGACUGGGUUUUGAUAUAUAAACAUAUAUUCGAAUAAGCCUAGAAUAAACAAAGUUUGAAAAAAAAAAGAAGCAACGUUUUUUUAUUUAGAGCAAAAAAAAAAAAGAAAAAAAAAAUCCCCCCCACAAAAAAAUAGUCCCCUAUGGAAAACACGCAUAUUAAAAACGAAGAAACCACCUCUGUGACUUCCAACAGUGAGACUGCCACCGUUGCUGCUUCUUCUAGUACAGAGAAUACAACUGUGACUAGUGGUAGUGAGAACAAUAACCCUACCCCUUCUGGAUUCCAACCUUUUGAACAAUUACAUGAAGCUGUUUUAGCCGCUGUAAAUAGUCAUGGCAUGCCACCUGGUUUUAUGGCAGCUGCCGCAGCUGCUGCAGCAGAACUUGUUUCUAAUAGUAAUAACGACGGUGAUCAACCCAUGCUCGAUCUUCAACCUAUGCCUGAAGUAGACUAUGUUAAAAAGGAGAGUGUGCGUGCUUCCAACAGAGAAAGAAAGAAGAAGUGGCGUAUUCAUAAUGAAGAAAGAAACAAGGACAAUGAUUUAAGAUGUCGAGUAAAUAAACGAGCCAACAAGUUAUAUGGGCCAGGUGAUAAUGAAGCCAAACAAAAGUGGAUCCAAGAUGAAUUUGAAAAGCGUCGUCAAAAACGUAUGGAUAAGGAACGUAGAAAGCAUAUUGUGAAUAAUGUUUUAAGUGUGCCAGGCAGUGGUAAUCCUAACAACAAUGACGGCAACGUUCAAUUGGGUAAUAUUGGAACGGAUCAAAUGUCAAAUUACUAUACACCAUUACCACAAAUCGAUACUGAUACAGCCGAUAAAUUAUUGAAUUUCCCAACUGAUUUACAAAGGCAACUUUUGGAACAAUUGAACAACAGUAUGUUGGCUCUUGCCAAUGGCAUGCAGCAGAGUAGCACAACAUCCCAGUCGGAAGAAGACAACAAUAAUAAUAGUAAUAAUAAUAACAACAACAACAACAACAACAGCAAUGAAAAUAAUGAUUCCAAUCAAGUAUCUACAUUUACUACAAAUUCGACUGCUACAAAUGAACAAAUUCAACAGGCCAUUACACAGGGCCUUUCCUCUAAUACAAGUGCCACCAGCAGUGAACAUAAUUCUCCAAUGGUGGCUAUGAAUACACCUGUGAUUGAAUCUGAUAUGACGGCACCUACUGACAAUGAUGAGUUAGCUUCUAACACGGUCGAAGUUAAAGAAGAAAAGAAGCCAGAAUAUCCUAUGGAUGCUGUACUUACCCUAAUGCAAUUAAACGCAGGCUGGAGACAAUAAAAAAACAUUUUUUUUUUUUUCUUCACAAUAAAAAAAAUGAUGUCACAUUUUUAUUUUAUUUUUUAUAAACCAGCAAAAAAAA